GGGAUAUUAUCUCAGCAGAUUCUCGCAACUUAGUUUAUCGCACAGCAUUAUACGCCCUCUAAUACUACUUAAGAGCUGUUUGCUGGCCAGACUAUUACGAAAGCUGUCGUCGUCCUCAAACUGCACAGUUUCUAGCAAGUUUAACCCCCCGCUUGAAAUCCGUAGAGUUUCAAGUGCCUUUUGCCUACCUUUCCACUCUAUUUUCAGUCAUCCUCGACGUUACAUAUCGAGCAAUACCCAAGCUUCUUUUAUUUACUCUUGCCCCUUGAAUUAAGGGGUGGAGAGAAACUGUCGCCAUUCUCUACCUCACAGCCAGAGACACCUCCACAUCAACCAACAUGGCCGCCGAACUUGCCCCAGGCAUUGUUGUACUGAACAAGAAGUACUUCCCAAAGGACUCAAUCUCAGCUGCCCAAGUUGGGGCCACCUCCUUUGCGCUGUCCGUGCUACGCGUCCUGUCUGAGGCGAAAAUACUCCGAGGCGUUGUUCUGUAUCAACGGGAUGAGCGUCUGACUCAGCCUCACUGCGCCCUGGAGCCUGAUCUGUACGACGGCGUAAAAGUAGUGACGGUGUCAUUCCACUUCAGGAUGUCGACUCGUAGCAUCACCCGGAGCCUUCUGGAAGCCUACCUGACACCCAUCGUGUACUACCAGACCGACACGCUGCUCGAAUACCAUCCCCAGGGGUUACAAUUCUGCGUGACUCACCAUGGACCCUUUGUUUCCGACUUCAAGGAGAGCUUUACCCGGUCAUUGACAGAACUGGCCUUCGGUGGCGACCCUGCCAAGAUCGAAGUUUUGGAGAAACAGCAGAAGCUUGGUGUCGACAGAUUGAUUCAAGAUAACUUCGGCUCUGUCCUGGCCCACUCGGCGAUGCAGCAGCAUUUUCUCGAAGGCCAAGGACUCGGCUCACAGCGGUUCAAGCGGCUCCGGCCUCCUAUUGGCGUACCACCAUGCAGUGACCCGGAUUUGCUCCCUGACACCAUCAAGGAUUUUGUGUCCCAGGCCGAGAUACUGCUCUUCACUGCCGUUGCACGCCUUGACUACUUCAAAAACGUGGAUCUCCUGGUGCAGGCGGGUCUUGAACUUCUCAAACGGGGCGUCCCAGUGAAAGUACUCGUCGUGGGCGAUCCGGAAAGUGACGAUUCGCGUCGACGAAGUCUUCUCAAGCUAGUCCCCGUCGAACAACGACAGCACUUCUUGGUGCUCGCCAAAUUGCCCAAGGAUGACCUAUAUGCUCUCUUCUCUGCGACCCGGGGUAACGGAAUAUUCAUUUGCCCCUCACGAUACGAGACUCUAGGCAUCACCCCCUUGGAGGCUGCCGCCAGUGGCGUGGCAACAUUGAUUACCGACUCUCCUAAAGUCGAAGCCUCGCGGUACUUCCCUGCCGGCUACCGUGUUACUCCCAGCGCGGCCAAGAUUGCUGCCAAAGUUCAGGUCAUCCGAUAUGACGGGGUGCGUAGGUGGGGAGAGAUGAUCGAAGCCCACGUUCGUCUGGAGACAUCCCUGAACGCCUUCCAUGACGACUUACUGGCGGCCUGGAAAGACCUUUCGCGAUCAAACAUGACAUCGAGGACAUCUGAGAAUGGGCUUGUCGGGCGAAAAGGGGUCAAAGUCGAGAACUUGAUCUCAACAUGGCUUCAAGAGAUUAGAACCGCACUGAUAGAGGUUUCAUGA